AUGCUAACUAUCUCAUUCACCAACGGACUUUACAAAUUUACCGAUGGUGAAUUCAUUUCUCCAUCCGUACCGAUGGACAAUCUCUAUUUACCAAUGGUGAAUAGGCUUACCAUUGGUACCGACGGUACCGACGGACAGUGUUUUGGAGGGCUACCUUAUGCCAUUGCAAUAAUGCUAACUACCUCAUUCACCAACGGACUUUACAAAUUUACUGAUGGUGAAUUCAUUUCUCCAUCCGUACCGAUGGACAAUCUCUAUUUACCGAUGGUGAAUUGGCUUACCAUUGGUACCGACGGUACCGACGGACAGUGUUUUGGAGGGCUACCUUAUGCCAUUGCAAUAAUGCUAACUACCUCAUUCACCAACGGACUUUACAAAUUUACUGAUGGUGAAUUCAUUUCUCCAUCCGUACCGAUGGACAAUCUCUAUUUACCGAUGGUGAAUUGGCUUACCAUUGGUACCGACGGUACCGACGGACAGUGUUUUGGAGGGCUACCUUAUGCCAUUGCAAUAAUGCUAACUACCUCAUUCACCAACGGACUUUACAAAUUUACUGAUGGUGAAUUCAUUUCUCCAUCCGUACCGAUGGACAAUCUCUAUUUACCGAUGGUGAAUUGGCUUACCAUUGGUACCGACGGUACCGACGGACAGUGUUUUGGAGGGCUACCUUAUGCCAUUGCAAUAAUGCUAACUACCUCAUUCACCAACGGACUUUACAAAUUUACUGAUGGUGAAUUCAUUUCUCCAUCCGUACCGAUGGACAAUCUCUAUUUACCGAUGGUGAAUUGGCUUACCAUUGGUACCGACGGUACCGACGGACAGUGUUUUGGAGGGCUACCUUAUGCCAUUGCAAUAAUGCUAACUACCUCAUUCACCAACGGACUUUACAAAUUUACUGAUGGUGAAUUCAUUUCUCCAUCCGUACCGAUGGACAAUCUCUAUUUACCGAUGGUGAAUUGGCUUACCAUUGGUACCGACGGUACCGACGGACAGUGUUUUGGAGGGCUACCUUAUGCCAUCGCAAUAAUGCUAACUACCUCAUUCACCAACGGACUUUACAAGUUUACCGAUGGUGAAUUCAUUUCUCCAUCGGUACCGAUAGAGAAUCUCUAUUUACCGAUGGUGAAUUGGCUUACCAUCGGUACCGACGGUACCGACGGACAGUGUUUUGGAGGGCUACCUCAUGCCAUAGCAAUAUUGCUAACAACUUCAUUCACCACUGGACUUUACAAAUUUACCGAUGGUGAAUUCAUUUCUCUAUCGGUACCGAUCGACAAUCUCUAUUUACCGAUGGGAUAUUGGCUUACCGUCGGUACCGGUGAACAUUCAUUAUUUACCGAUGGUAUCAGUGGUCGACCGGGGGCAUGAUUUUGGCCGGGGCGGACCGGGGCCGGGGGUGCAUGAUUUUGGCCGGGGCCGGGGACUGGUCGAACAUUGAAUAAUGUGAUGUUGAGCGAUGUUAUUUAAGCGGGAUUUGGAAAGGCCAGUGGAAUUUACUGGACAGCGGUUUAUUGUUAUUGUCAGCCAUAUUGGAAACAUUUUACGAGAAUAAAUGGUACGUAUCUUUUCUGUUUGUUGCUUUCGAUAUAAUUUUGUCGAUUUUUUUAGACUGUUUUAACUUUUACUUGAUUUGUCAUGCGACUCAUACCACUCAGGCGCUAAUACGUGCUUUUAUUAACUUACUCACCUGUCUAUUAUGAAUGUAUUCUUGGAUGUAAAUUUGAAAAGUAGAAUUAAGCAAUGCUCUUUAAUACGUUGAAGUUUACAUUUCAGUCCAAGUGGACUUAGUGACUUGCGCUGUAAACUAAUAAAUAAUUCGGAAAAGUUCAGGUAGACUAAUAAAUAAUUCGGAAAACCAGGUAAAUAUUUCUUCACACACCCCAUUGUUAUUAUUUAUUAGUCUAUUAGUAACAGUAAUAGACUAAUAGUACCUACAGUCAAUUUCAAUGUCAAUUUCAAUGUCAAUUUCAAAUUUUUCUUAAUUCUCACGAAGUUUUCACAGUAUCACACACUGGGGUCGGUGAUUUUCCAAAUGCAGAUAAUUAAAUUUACGUAAUACAUUACAUAGUUUUAUUAGUUUAUACAUAACAUAAUAGCUAUUUUCCUAUUUACCACUCCCAGCGAUUUAGCGGAGGUUGCGGAACCAAGACAUGAGGUAGAGAGUGGCGAAGACGAACCUUCAACCAGCAAAGAUAGUUGGGCUGCGGUUCUUGUUGACAAUGACUCGGGUCAGGAUUCACAAGAUGAAGAGAUGGAGGCACCCUACAGGGUGGAACUACAACGAUACCUCAAAGAAAAAAGAAUAGCUGACUUGACAAAGGAUCCACUGAUAUACUGGAGAGUAAAACACAACGAAUUCCCACAUCUAGGAACUUUGGCGCGCCGCUACCUGUACCCUCCUCCAGGAAGUGCUGCAUCAGAGAGGCUAUUCAGUACGGGAAAGAACGUUCUUGGGACGAAGAGGCUUUCGCUAAAACCUGAUAACAUGGAAGCGAAUCUAUUCUUGAAGUACAAUAUUCGACCACUAAGAUACAAAACGGACCUACCCAGGGUAACGGAUGACUUCGUUGCCCCCAACGAGGGGAACCUGCCAGAGGCAGUGGUGGGAGAGGUUCAUGAUGACGAGACGAGUGACGUCGAAAUAAUCAUGAGCGACGAUGAAGACUGA